CUUCUUCACUUCACUUCGCAAGCAAGGUUUCUUCCAGCUCGUCCGACUCUCUGUCUCGGAGGUUCCGUCAUUCCCCCCAUAUCACAAUCAUUCAUCUCUAAUGGGCGAGUGCAGGGAGUUCACGAGCACCUUCGCGUUGAUCGCCAACUAUUUUACAGGAGUUCCAUCCUUUUCUCAAGCUGCUGCAAGGUGGAUUGGUAGGUCGGCUUCGCGAAUGCAUCUCUCCAAAAAGGAUCCGUUCAGUAGUUGUCGUCUUGAAAUAGAACCCAGGAGAAGAAACUAUUCUGUUUUUACGGGGUUUCUGUUAGCUACGUCGGAACCUUGCUGUGUGAUUGUACGAUUCUUUAAUGGGAAAGGAAGGGCAGAAUUUAGGCGUGCAGUUGUUGACGAGGAAGAGUUAUCACGUUUCGAAGCCCCAAAAGACAGCAGCAUGGGGUAAGAGGAGGGCAUGGAUAUGCAAGCAGUUGAGAAUUGUGGGUUUUGUUUUUGGGCUGUUGGGUUCGUUCUUCCUUCUGGAUUCCGUGAUGCUUACUUUAGUUCAUCACAUCAGUUUCCGCAAUGGCAACCUCGGCAGCAAAUUAAGGAAAAUCAAGGAUGGAGGCAGUAGAUAUGAUAUUGAUCAAAAAAAUACUGGAAAGCUGAUGUAUGAGCGCCUAAUAAAUUUGGCUUCUACUGCACUGGCAAAGAAUGAUUUACAACAAGAUCCAUUUGCACAAUGGAAGGAACACUACGAACAAGCAUCAUCAUGGAAACCAUGUGCAGAUAAAUCUAGCAGUGCUGUUCAUGAAGAAAAUGUCAUGAACGGCACUGGAUUUAUCCAAGUGAGUGCAAAUGGUGGUCUAAACCAGCAACGCGUUGCUGUAUGCAAUGCCGUUGCUGUUGCUGCAAUGCUCAACGCAUCUCUAGUUCUUCCCAAAUUUCUUUAUAGUAACGUUUGGAAGGAUAAAAGCCAGUUCGGCAAUAUAUAUCAAGAAGAUUAUUUCAUAAACUUGUUGAAGGAUGAUGUGAGAAUAGUAAAAGAGUUGCCUCUUCAUCUUCAGUCAUUGGAUCUGGAAUCAAUAGGUAGCCAGAUUAGUGAUAUGGAUAUCAAUAAAGAGUCAAAACCUAUUUAUUUCUCUGAAGUCAUACAUCCUCUUUUGUUGCGAAAUGGUGUUGUUCACUUUCUUGGAUUUGGAAAUCGGCUUGCAUUUGACCCAAUUCCGGCUAAGCUCCAGAAAUUAAGAUGCAAAUGCAAUUUUCAUGCAUUCAAAUUUGUCCCAAAAAUUCAAAUGAUGGGUUCUUUGCUCAUCAAACGGAUUCGAAAGUAUAAUUUUAGGGUCUCUGAACUGGACAAACAACUACUUGGAAAUAAUAUGCCCAGCAGCUUGUUGGUUGGGGAUAACAUAUCUGGAAAAUCUCUCAAAUAUCUUGCUUUACACAUGAGGUUUGAAAUGGAUAUGGUUGCAUACUCUGUGUGUGAUUUCGGUGGGCGAGAGAAGGAAAGAAGGGAAUUGCAAGCAUACAGGGAGAUUCAUUUUCCUGCACUUGUCAUGAGGAUGAAAGAGAAUGGAUCGCUCUCUCCAGCUGAACUUAGGAAGCUAGGAAGGUGCCCAUUGACACCAGAAGAAGCUGCAUUGAUGCUCUCUGCUCUUGGAUUCAAGCCGAAGACUUACAUAUAUUUAGCUGGAUCAGAUAUUUAUGGAGGUAGGUCAAGAAUGCUUCCAUUCGCCACACUCUACCCGAACUUAGUUACAAAGGAAGAUCUUUUGACGCCAAGUGAACUUGCUCCCUUCAGGAAUUUCUCUUCUCAGCUGGCAGCUCUGGACUUCAUUGCAUGCGCCGCUGCAGAUGUAUUCGCCAUGACUGAUUCUGGCAGCCAGCUCUCGUCUCUUGUAACUGGCUUCCGAAUAUAUCAUGGAGGGGGUCGAGCUCCGACACUGCGGCCGAACAAGAAGCGUUUUGCCAAAAUUUUAUCUGAUAAUGGCACCUUGGAGUGGAUUGAAUUCGAAGAGAGAGUGAGGAAGAUGAUUGAAGAAAAUCACAGAGUGCAGGUGCGACGAAGGGGCCGAAGCAUCUAUAGGCAGCCAAGGUCUCCAGAAUGCAUGUGUAAGAUCUCUGAACCAAGCCCAGCGCUUCUGUAAGCCUUCACGGUCUCUUCAGUGAAUUUGCCAACUCUUUUUGUUCUAUUCUUAGAAAAUUUGCAUUCAUACCACAUAAUCGUAUGUAUUUACAUAUUUCAUACUUAAAUUUUCAUAUCUAUAUUUAUGACACUGAUGUCGUGAAUUUAUGCGUGCAAAGAUGCAUCUCAAUUUAAUAGUGAUAUUUUUGAUUG